AGUCCCGUCUGAAUUUUGAAACAGAAUGGCGGUGUUGCUAGAAACAACAUUAGGCGACAUCGUAGUGGAUUUAUACACCGAGGAAAGACCCAAAGCCUGCUUGAACUUCUUGAAGCUGUGUAAAAUCAAUUACUACAACUACUGCCUCAUUCACAAUGUCCAGAGAGAUUUUAUCAUCCAGACUGGAGACCCUACAGGCUCUGGCCGAGGAGGAGAGUCCGUGUUCUGUAAGCUGUACGGGGAUCAGGCGCGCUUCUUCGAUGCUGAGAAGGUUCCACGGAUCAAGCACAAGAAGAAGGGCACCGUCUCCAUGGUGAACAAUGGCAAUGAGCAGCACGGUUCUCAGAUUUCUGUGAUCUGACUCUGGAUCCCAGCACAGUAAAUUAUUACCUCAUUCUGUCUGAGAAGAACAGAGCAGUGACACGCAGUGAGAGACAGCAGCAGUACUCUGAUCAUCCAGAGAGAUUUGAUUCCUUGUGGCAGGUGUUGAGUAAGGAGAGUGUGUGUGGACGCUGUUACUGGGAGGUGGAGUGGAGCGGUUAUGGUGUGUUCAUAUCAGUAUCAUAUUCCACACCACUCAGAGUUCACACCACAUUCACUCAGCCUCUAUACGCUGGGUUCUUGCUGCACUCUCAUGGAUCAACUGUAAGGUUAUUUGAUCCAAAAAAAAUCUAAAAAUGAAAUUACUCCAUAAUCGCUGACCAUUAACGUUUCAUAAAUUUUACUGAUUUUUAAACUGUAUGAAUUUUAAAUGAAAUCACAUUCUAACAAACAUUUACAUUUUCUUUCAUGAUUACUUGUAAAUUGAAUUGAUGAAGCAUAACUUCCAACAUGAUGCUACCACCACCAUGCUUCAC